UCACGACGUGUUGCAGCGCGCUCGUGCGGCCCGCCCGCGGACACCCAGCAUGGCUGGCACGCCGGCGAGUGCUACACGUUCGGCUGCCGCGUCACCUACCACUGCGCAGAGGGCUUCGAGCUGGUCGGCCGCCCGGACCGCUUCUGCCAGGCCGACGGCACGUGGAGCCCGCGGGAGCUGCCCGCCUGCGUGCCCGUGCAGUGCCCUCCGCCUGACAAUCCUGGCAACGGGAAGGCGAUCUACACAUCCUGCUCCUACAAUUCGGUUGUCACGUACGAGUGCAAGGAUGGAUACACACUUGUAGGGGAGCCAACACGUAGGUGUGGAGCUGACAAGAAGUGGACUGGGGAGCAGCCAGAGUGCAAAGAAAUAAACUGUGGCCAUCCGGGCAUCCUGUACAAUGGAUGGCUUGAGAAUAUCGAGGCUGGUACUGGUCUUGGUGCAAGUAUUAUCUUCAGGUGCCAUGAUGGCAUGAAGCUGGAGGGAAACACUUCAACUGUGUGCCAGAUUGACGGUCGGUGGCGAUAUCCUUUGCCAAAAUGUCUAGCUCCAUGUGUUGUACCAAGUGUGAGACAGGGUAGGAUUCAGUUGUGGAUAGGGAAUGAAACAACAGAUGAGCUGCCACUGGUAGUCCAACAUGGGGAACGGUUGUUCGUAAAGUGUGAUCCAAUGUAUGAGUUCCCAGCAAAUCGAACACCUAUUUGCAACAAUGGUACAUGGACUGUUAUGCCUCGAUGUGGACCAGCUCGCUGCAAGCGUAUGCCCAGAGCUCCCAGGAAUGGCUUGGUCAUUGCUCCCAAAACAGAACAUGGUAUGCUCGCUCGUUUUAAGUGUAGGGAUGGUUUCACACUUCGUGGAGGGAAUGUGACUGAGUGCCGUUACGGAAACUGGACUGGCGAAUUACCAUAUUGUCAGGAAGUGUACUGCCCAUUUCCUGGGUACAUUGAAAAUGGCAGAGUCAUGUUGGUUGGGAACAUGGGAGUGUAUGAUUACCGCCCAUAUGUACGCAAGGUCACCAACAAUAAGCAGAUAAUUUAUGAAUGUGAACGUGGCUAUGUUCUUGGAGAUGGGCCACCUGGAGCCACAUGUAUUGGUGGACGAUGGAGUCCUAAGGAGCUUCCUCGGUGUAUUAAAGGACUGCAUCCAAGACUUCGAUGGAGUCGCUCAGUACAGGAACAGAGGCAGGCAGUUUUUUUGAGUCCAAAAUUUGCAGAACGUAUCAGACAGUUUGAACGUGAUUUAUUGGUGAAAUCAUCACGUGCAUCUUAUUUAGGAAAGAAACACGCUAUUGAAAUCACAUCAGUACAGCACUCUUCAUUACCAAGUUAUACAAUGAUUAACGUGUCAUCAGAAGUGGAUCAGCAACAACCUCAAAUCCCUCAAGGAAGGAUUUUUGGUGGGCAGCACAAACCAGUUGUUAUUCAUGAAGCUGGCCAAAGAAAAAGCUUUCACCCUGAAGUAAGGUACCAGAAGACAUCAUUCAGAUUCAAUUCACCAGUGUACAAAGAUCCUGAUAAUGAUGCUAUUGGGUGGAUAAUACAUCAUAAGGGUCAUAAUAUCCAACAAAAUAAGAAGAGUGAAAAGUAUCUAACUGAUUCACAAAACAUUAUGGAUGAUUAUUCUGCUGCUGGAAGAUUGGGUCUAAAAUCAGUGGCUGAAUAUAGUGAAACAUUGAAAAGAACAGAUAAAGAACACACACUAAGAAGAUUAAAACGUGCUCUGCUGAAAGGACACCAAUCAAAGCAGGGACUUCAACUGAUGACGAAAAAUAAAAACACCAGUCCUCGAAUUAAAAAGAAAGGCCGCCCCCGAACAAGGGAUAGGGUCAAGGGCACAAAAGCUGGUCCCUGUGAGCCUUUAUCUAGUGAACCCUUUGUGAAGAUUGAAAUUCUGAAGAAUGGCCGUGAUCCCAUUCACAAUUACUCAACUGGGACUGUGGCACGUGUUACAUGUGAUCAAGGUUAUGGUCCGACACUCAGCAACAACACUGCUAAAUGUGCACGAGGCCGCUGGAGACCUGGGAAACCUGACUGCAUUGCUUUACCAUGUCACAUUCCCAAAAUGGAGCACGGACUGUUUCGUUUAGCACCAGCUGAUGGCAAGCCAGGUGUGAUGUUAAAUGCAAGUGCAGAUGUACCCCAUGGUAAAGUUGUAGACUUUGGUUGCAUUAUUGGUUACAAUAUAAAAGGACCAAACAAUAUGCAGUGUUGGCAUGGGGAGUGGUCUUCAUCACAGGAGCCAGAGUGCACGCCAGCACCAUGUGAGCUACCAAUGAUUACAAAUGGUCAGUACCUUUCUGGAUAUCGUGCUGGUCUGACAAUAGCUCAUGGAGCUUCAGUAAACUUCCAAUGUGACAGUGACUACAGCAAAUCGACUGCACAACCUGUUGAAUGUUCGCUUGGAAUGUUGAAGCCGAGAACUCCAGCAUGCCGACACUUAGCACCAAACUACAGAUAUGGUAAUAUGACAGGAAAACUUUCAGAAGUGGAUUUGCAGUUCAAAGGAGGUAGUGAUAUCACCAAGGGUGGUGAUAUAAGUGUAGUAGAUUUCCCAGAAGGCUAUCGAAGAGGGUGUGGUCCCCCAGCGCGUGUCCAGGGUUCUCUAGUCUACCGUGAUGGGGAGCCAAUUGAUGACUCUGAUAAGAGUUUUCCAGAUGGAACAGAAGUGACAUUCAAUUGCAUAGCAAGUAUAAUGGGGGAGAAGACAACUUGGCGGAUUGUUUGUGAAGAUGGUAGUUGGGUGGGCAGAUCUCUUAAUUGUGAAGGUGAUGAAGCUCAGGAUGGUCAUACAGAAAUGAAAAAUAGUACGUGCAUCUACCGCAACACAGAGCCAAAUCUUGUGUCUUUCUACAAUGACCAACACAUAACUGAAGAAGUUGUAGAAUUUCCUCCUGGAUCUGUCCUGGUAUCUCGCUGUGUUGACAUUGGAAAAUAUGCCAUGAUUGGUUCAAGUCACAGGCGUUGUAUUGGUGGAGAAUGGGAUGGACAGAAACCUGUGUGUUUUGGACUGAAUCAACAGAAUGACUAUGCUUUGGAGAAACCCCCAACAAUCCUUUUUCGUCAUCAGUUAGGCCCUAUAGCACAGAGCAAUGACGGACGGCUAAUAGUAUACCCUGGCACAAUAUUGCACAUGGAAUGUCUCUGGAUACGUCGAUUUGGAACUCCUAAGUGGGUUAUCAGUCACAAUUAUAGAAAGUAUCCAGAAGGAUGGACGACAGAUCCAGGAAGAGACUCACAAUUGGAAUAUCGCCUAAGUAUUUAUCAUGCCAGCCGUGAUGAUUCUGGAGUUUUCACAUGUGUAACUCCAACUCGUCACACUCACGCAGUUGAAAUUGUUGUCAAAGCUGUUCACUGUCCUCCUAUUCCAUCACGCAGAGGCUUGAAUGUGAACACGCUUAAUACCAAGAUGAAUACAAAGAUUUUGCUCUCUUGUGCAAAUGGAAAUUCACUCAUUGGUGCACCAGAGAUUACAUGUCUUCCAUCUGGAAAUUGGAGUGCACCAAUACCCAUCUGUGAAAGUAUCGAGUGCGCGGAUCUGGUAAAUCUGACAGAUCCUCAUUUACGAGUGUCAAUUCUGAGCAGAGAAGUUGGGGGCCGAGCAGUGUUCAGCUGUGCACAGGGCUAUGGACUGAGGGGUCCUCAUGAAGCUGUGUGCUUGCCCAGUGGUGACUGGACAACCCCAAUGCCAACAUGUCAAGAGGUACAAUGUGAUACACCACCAACACCAGAAAAUGGAUAUAUUCAAGGAUCUGGCCCUUAUAAGGCAGGUGAUGUUGUGCAGUUCAAUUGCAAUCCUGAAUUUAUGAUGGAAGGGCAGCCUAUAAUUGCCUGUCAAGAAAAUGGUCGGUGGUCUGGUUCAGUUCCAAAGUGUGUCCAAGCCUGUUCUUACCCAGGGACAACAAUUAGUGGAAGAAUGUCAGCUGUUAAGUUCUACUACAAAAUUGGAGAGACAAUUACAUUCACCUGUGAUGCAGAUUUAGAGCUCCGUGGAGCACCCAUGCUACGAUGUCUACGAAAUGGCAAGUGGUCCAAUGCUAUACCAACAUGUGUUUCGAAGACCAGUUAAUUUACUGUGAAUGUAGAUGAUACGAAUAUGAAAUACUAUAAGUUUUGAUAAUGAUGUAGAAGAACAAAAAUUAUUUCUGUUGUUGACAUUUUUGAUCUGCAAUGGUCAACACAGUGGGACAUCUAUAAAUUAUGAAUAUAUUUUCAUGGUGAUCAAUAAAGAAGAAAUUUGUUUAGAAUUUAUGCAUUGUUGGAAAAUGUUGAACAUUGUAAAGAGAAGGAGGAAACAAAAGUAGUAAUUAAGUAGACAGGAGGCCUUAAAUUGUGUUCUUUCAUACCCUUAUCUGCUUAGCUUAUAGAAGUAAAACAUUUUUUUACACAUGCAAGUAAUGUUAUUACUUUAAAAAGUAUAUGUAAUGUUUAUAGAAGACUAAUGAACCAGUUAUUUCAAGUGUGAGAUAGCUUGAAUGUUAUUUUUGUAAAAUUAUUAUUGAAAAUGGAAUGAAUAUGGCUGGCUUCUAAACUGACAUUCUCUUUGACCAAUACUAGCAAAAUUGGACUUUUGACACACACGUACACACACACACACAGUUGGAAUUAAAAACACAGAACAUAUUGACAGAAUUAUUUUCCACUUUUCUUACCUCACAUUAGUAGAGAGUAUUCUCUUAAAGAAAACUAAACUAUAUAAUGUGAGCAUUCUACUCUCAAAUAUUUGACAUAUUCCUCCUGUAUAUCUUCUAUCUUCCACUUAAGUGGAAUCAUUUCUACAGAACUUAAUGUAGCUUUCAAGCUACUGGCUGGAAUCUUUUUCUUGUAUUCUUACACUACUGUGACAUAAUCUUGAAACCCAUCUGCAGUUAAAAAAUAUAUGGGAGUGCAAACACAUAUUUGUGAAGUUAUUUGUUUGCUAGUUUUGCAUACGUUUAGAAGACCAGACAUAUAUAUAAAAAUAAUGUAGAUCAUAAGACAGCCAAAAAUGAAUUUGUAUUUUUGUUUUUGGAAAUGUUUUUAUUGUGUAGUCUAAUGAAAUGUAUUCUAAUUUAUAUGCUAAGUUUUAUAAGAGCUUUGUAAAAUUCUUUGGAUAUUUGAGUACUGUUGGCCUACAAAAUAAUGCUAAUUUAUAGUGAAAGUGUUUAAAAUUUUAUGAAGAGAGUUAUGCAUAAAAUGUGAAGUGCCAAAACAGUUAUGUGCCAGAAAUUUUAUGUCCUACUAGUAUUUAUGAUAUUCAUUACAAUAAAUGGAUUAUUUGACAAUAAUUAGUUAUACUUCUCGUAUCUAAGAUAGCAGGAUAGUGAAAACUCAAUGAAUUAUGUAUGCAAAAGUGGAUGUUAUGUGAAAAAAAUGAAACGAAACACAGGUUGAAUGUUUGCACUACAUUAAUCACAUAACUGAUUUUGUAUUUUUUGUUACUUUUUCUAUUGCUCAGCUGUUCAUUGUAAUUCACCUUAAUACUUGCAUACAAUCUCAUAAAGUGCAUAUCAUUCACGAGUUGAAAUAACAUAGCUCUUCAUCAACACUGAAAUGCAUACAUAAUCUAGUGCUAUGCUAGGAACUUUUGUUAAACAACCAAGCCAAGAAACAAAGUAUGACAGUAUGUAGUGACUCAAAUUCACCAAAAUAGAAAUCUCAGUAGCUGCUAAGAGCAGUAAUCUUGCUGCCUUGAUUUAACUAACAAAGGCGCCAAGACAAAAGCAACUUCCACUGAUAUCACUGUCUAAAUUUUUCUUAAUUAUUUCUAAGAGUGUAUUUCUUGCAUGCAUAUGUUUCUUCUGUCUCCUGCUAUGGAGUUAGGAGGCACAGUGGUAAGGCAUUGGACUCAUUUAAAGGACACAGUUUCAAAUCCCUGUCCAUUGAUCCAGAUUUAGAUUUUUCAUUUUUUCUCUAAAUUUCUUAUGGCAAAUACUGGGAUAGUUAUGACAGGACAUGCCUUACUUUCUUCCCCACCAAACUGAGCUCAAGCUUCAUCUCUAAUGACCAUGUUGUUAACAGGAUGUUAAAUCCUAAUUUUGCUUCCUUGUCCCUCAUGAUCAGGGGCACUAUUUACAGUACAAAAACACAGUAGGCAUGAACUGAAACAGUCUUAACUUGCAAAUAAAUAACAUAAUACAUAAUUCAAUGUAAUUAAAGACACAUGUAGCUAUUUUUGGUCCAGAGUGGAAAGCAAUACAAAGCAUCAAGUAUUCUAUAGCUUGCAAAAACAGAAGCCUGCUUCUGCUAGAGAUAAACAGAGGAAGUGUGAUGUUGAGAUGCUAAAGAUAAUGUUAAUAACAACAGAAAUUUAGUGAGAUGCACCUUCAUCCACAUUGUACACAUCACCAUUUCUUUUACUGUGUCUCAAAAAAUAGAAUAAAGAACCUGUGUUUGUAACACUGUAAUACUUCAGAAUCUCUUCUUUAACACUAAUCAAAUCAUGAAGAAAGUCUUGGUUAUAAUUGUUUUUAUCACUUUGUCUUCGUAAUGGUGAGACUAAAAUUAAUAGCUACAUUUUGUAACUUAAUCUCUUUUUCAGGAAAUAGUGAGAUUAAACAGCAUAUUUCUUUUUUAAGUAGUUGCUUCAUGAUAACUGGACAUCUCAGUUGUGUCAUAAUUUUUUGGAAAUGGGACCAGAAUUUCUCACAACAACAUUAUUUUAUAAAAUGUUCUCAGUCUUCUGGCCAUGUAAAAUUACAGUAAUUUUAAUGUUGUUUUGCAUGUAGUGUACACUGCAUAUUUGCACAUACACUACAACAAUACUUCUGUUAACAGUCCAGGAAUCUUCCAGAGCAGUUAUUGUAACCCUUCUUUUCAUUUCAUAAAGACAUCACAAUAAUAUAAUACCAAUCAUAGCAUUAUUUAUACAACUUUGCAAAAACUGCUUCUUUGACGGUAUAUGCAAAUUAUGUUUCAUUAUCAAGAGUUGUUUUUCUCUUGUGUGUACUAUAAUGUCUAAAGCACCCAUGUGGAAGAGAUAUUUCACAACCAGAACAGUCCAAAAUUGUGUUUUCUUUAUCACCUGGUACCAAUUUCACUGAGAAUGGUUACAUAUCACAUCAAAACAAAUUAAUCCAUAAACUGAAGAAAAAAAAAACAUUUAUAUCCUCAAGGUGUUGAUUCUCAUUGUGAAUACUCCAAGUGUUGUGUCUUACAAAGGCUCUCAGCAACUCUCACAUUUGCUGUAAGACACACGUUUCUUGUGCAGUAUUCCAAAAGGUAUUUGUGAAAUUUUGUAUGCUCAUCAAAUAAAUGACUGCAUGUGAAACACAGAGAGAUAAAUUAUCUGCUGUGGACGUGCAGUCUUUUGUGUCUUGCUUGUUUUUUGUGAGGAUGACAUUUCCUUGUAACAAAGUAGGCUAUUAUCUUUGAGGAAUCAAAAAUUAUUAUGAAAUGCUUAAAAUGUGACAAGAGAAGAAAUUUUGAAAUGAAAUUCAUAAGGAAAGACAACUAAACAAAAUUUCGCGUUGUAUUCAUUUGAUAAAAUAUGUAGAAAUGGGAAAAAAAUUGUAUUUGAGGAGGCACAAUUCAUAUUUGAUAGGAAAUAGAUUAUUUACAGGAGAGUCUGAUAUUAAAAUAGUUCAUAAAAAUAUUGCAGACAUGUCUUUUACUAUUUUGCUUCUAUAUAAUGAUCAUAAUGGAUUUUAAGCUCUGUCCCUGUGCUUGAAGACAAGAAUAAUUAAUUGAAUCUGAGCUUUUGCAGUACAUAAUAUUGGUUUUUACCAAAACUUUGUGCUGUAGAAAUAUGGUUGAGGUUAUUAAUUUUACGUGAUGCUAAAGUCAAUGAAUGCAUUUUAAAACUGUAGGGCAUGUUCUUACAGGAAGUAUUUAUUUUUGGAAAUUUCUGAUGACCACUCGCGUCGAAGUCGAAUUGGUCAAUUCAUAAAUAUACAAAUCUUAUCCCUGUAUUCCAUUAUUUUCAUACUUUAAUAUGAAUAAUGAAAAUUAACCAUCAUUCAGUUCUAGUAAUUGUGAUUCACUCUUUGCUCUGGUAUCAUGUUGAAUGUAAAUGGUCGUGUUUAAAUAACAUGGUGGAUGAUUAUCCCUAGAAUCACAUAUACAGUUUAAUAUUUUAUUGAUUAGAUUCAAAUGUGCUAAAUUCUAGAUAUUAUGUUAGUUAUGUAACAUAUCAGCAGUUAAUCCUUUAAUGAUAUUAAGAUUUGAAGUGUGAUGAUUAUCUGAAAUGAAAACACCAAUUACACUUUACAAUAGUGGUAGUUUGAGAUUGUAUGUUACUAAUGGUAUUCGGGUGAUGAUACAUAUUUCUGUACUUUCUGAAGAUUCAUACCUCUUUCUUCAAACUACAUUGUUUCUGAUAGAUCGAAUUAGCAGUGGAAUAUCUUUUAAAAAUAAUGAAUAAGGCAUAUUCAUUGUGAUGGUAUGGAAACAAACUGAUAGAAUGUGAAUUCUCGUAAGGAAAACAGCUGUGAUCCUAUGUGAAUAGAAAAUAAAUACAGAAAAUUGUAUGCCAACCUUAUUUAUGUGCUCAUACAAAUAGAAGAACCAAAACCCAUUUUGCAUUUAUUUAUAUUUGGCAACAUAAAGAAUAACAUCUGAAAAUAUUAUGUGAGAUUCAAACAAAAAGAGUAUUUAGUGUAAUUAGUUGUAAGCAUAAGUUUUUGCUUUCACUUAUGUAUCAGCUCUGCAACUGAGAACUGUCGAAGCCAGUAUUGUCAGAUUCCAUUUUAUUGUUUAAGUUUUAAACAAAUGAGAAGUCACUUAAACAUGAAACGCACAAAUUGUCAACGAACAUGCUGUUCUCUUCAUUGACUGUCCAAUGAGUAUUCAAGAAUAAUUCAAUGUGCCAAUUAUUCCAGUAUUAUUCAGUCUUGUCUUAUUUUGUAUUAAUCAAUCCCUAAUACAUGGUACCUUGUAUAUCUGAACAUAUCCAAGUAUGUAUUUUAAACUCUUUGAAUGACAUGUAAAUAAUUUGAAGAUAUAUUCCUGUGAAGAUGUAACAGUGCCAAUGUUAUCUCAUAAACCAUUUACUGUAUAUAUGUAUAUUUACUCCAAUGUACAAAGCAUGCAUGGCAGCAAGUACUUUUGAUAAAUUUGUGUGAUAAUUAGUGAGGAAAUAUUGGUAAAUGUGGAAUAAGCUAAGCUAAUGCAAGAAUUAGUUUUCUAUAGUACUUUUAUUUACUUAAUUAGUAAAGUAAAACACAUGACAUUAAUUUGUGUAUUCUGUAUGACUGAACAUAUGUUUAAGACAAGGAAGUGAAUUGUUACUACAGUUAUAAAAUGAGUAUCAAAUUGCCUAUUAUUUCAUGUCUUCCAAAAUAAAAGAUUGUUUCCAACAAAA